AUGGCCAUAGCCAGGGAGCUCCAGGAUGCCAAUCCAUGGCUGCGCAUGACCUGCUGGGCCCGGUAUUUAGCUAAUGUGUAUAUUCUGGACCUGCUUGCGGUGGUGGCCACUCCCGAUCCCAAGCUGGAGGACCCCGUGAGCGGUGCCACGCGCGUAGUAUGGGAUGCCAUGGAGUCACUGGCCCGGCGCAGCCAGCAUACAGUAAAGCAGUGCGGGAAUGGGAUCCGAAUGGCCGCCAUACGCACCAUGCCACACCAGACCCUGUACCAGCCAUUACGGGCGUAUAUGGACGAGAAGAACUGGCUGUGGAAGCAGCAGCCGCGUCCUAAUCCCAUGGAGGUUGAGGAUCAGCCCCCCGCGAAGAUCAAGGUCUACAAGUACAAGAGCCCGUUAAUCUACGCCAUGACCAUGUUAGGUCGGGGGGAGGUGACCUGGCAGGGCCCUGAGAGUUACCCGCCUAUCAUUUCCUGGUAUAUGGAGAUUAUCCGCAUGUGGGCUGCGGCUGCAGAGCAAGGGUCAUGGACAGGAAAUGCCGCAGAUGAAGAGUUAGGGUUCAUCAUUAAUAAAGGGUAUGUAGAGGGACCCAACACCCCUGUUGUGUCUCCCCUGUCCAGCCCACUGUCCAGCCCGCUCAGCCCGCCCGCGGCCCUCAUCUACUAGAUUCCCCGAACCCAGGGAAUGCUAUUCCAAGCUGGAGUGGACUGGAUGGUCUAGCAAUUCAUGGUCCGUGGCCAGCACGGGCCCGUGGAGGUGUUGCUGGAUUGGUGGACCUUUAGGCUAAAGAUUCAUUACAAUACUACUGCCCCCGGGCAUGUGACCUGGAUGGGACAGGAGUGGUUGUUAUAU